CAGGGCUUUGCUUAUAUCCCAUUCUGCAGCCAGCGCACAAAUAAACCCUGCUUACAAGAGUAGAAAGGCUCUUGAAAAAGUUCCAGUUUCCAACGUCGCUGCUCUAUCCACUAUCCAGCACCACCACCAGCCUUGCAUACCACACCCGCACAGUACACGUAAUACGACCACCAUUGUCGUUCGCUUCUCAAACGAGAGGUUCACAAACGAAAGCAGCUUUUAUCAAGUUGAGUAUUAGUUCAUACAGUAGCGCCACCAUGCAAUCUCCUGAACCUUCCUCGACUUCAACUGUAACGAGCAGCAGCCCUUUUGACGAUGAGAUUCUAGCCAUGGAGGAGCAAGUCAUCGAUGCUAGAGGCAUCAAGCCGCACAACGGCAAUGGAGAUCUGACUCCAGACGCGAAACCCAGUGGUAGUCGUGUGGGCGUCAAGCUGGGGCUGAUGAUGGACCGCCGUCCCUUUUAUGGCCGCAAGCAGGAACUGGAGGAACUCAAAAAGCUGUACAGAGCAUCGGUCGUGUGUCCUACGAGGACCUCUUGUUCGUGUCAACGAGCCGUGGUGAUCAAGGGAGUCUCUGGAACGGGCAAGACGGCGUUGGUACAGCAGUUGGUCAAGCAGCUCACUGCUGCUGAUGCAUGCGAUGAGAAGAGUGGUUUGGCGCCAUUGGUACUGCAGGGCAAGUACGAUGAAAUGCUGCGACAAGAACCCUUUUCGGCCUUGGAACAAGCAUUUGGAAACUUUUUCAGUGAUCCACAAAUGAUGACGACUUCCAAUACUGGUACAUGUACCAACGGCAGCACUAGCAGCAGCCACGAAGAGUCGAGUACAUCGAGUCAUACCGAUUCCGCCACCGAUGAUCAGUGGAAAGACAUGAUUCUGAAAGAGAUUGGAGGGGAAACCGGUCUCAAUGUCUUGAAGGACAUCAUUCCGGCGCUCAGCACUUGGUUCAAUCUGCAUCGACGCUACAGACUGGCCGAGCCCACGGUUCCUUCAGCGGAGGCACCACAGCGACCCAAGAGACGAUCGUCUCGUCGUCAAGUCGCAAGCGCGCAAAAAGACGACAACAGUGAUAGAGCACCAGAAAGCAACAACAACAACAACAACAACAACAACACUAGCAACAACACUAGCAGCAACAACAAUAACAAUGCCUUCAAGUCCAACCAACUGCACUAUGUCUUUGGCAAGUUCUUUCAUGCCUUGACCAAGACAACUGCCGCGCACUCGAGACCUCUUUUGCUCAUACUCGAUGACUUGAAUUGGGCCGACGCGGCGUCUCUCGAACUCUUGACGUACUUGCUGUCGGCACCUUCGUUGCAAAAGUGCCCCUUCUUUCUCAUUGGAACCUAUCGGACCACCGAGACCGACAGGGAGGGAUCUCGUCUCGACAAGCUACAACAGCAAAACCUCUUUCGGUCCAUUACGCUACAGAAUCACACGCGAGAAGAAAUCACCGAAUGGCUCAGUCGAGAACUCAAAUGCAAUUCCCUAGAAUGCAACAUGUUGACCUCGGCCAUUUAUGAAAAGACACACGGAAACUUUCUCUUUACUCUGCAUUUGGUAGAAGAACUGCAACGACAGGGAGUCCUCCGGACACGACAGGAACGAAAAGGUCGACAACAGAGACAGUUUAGUUGUAGUUCUUCGGCCGAAAGCAGUGUCCUUUCGACCACCACUUGCAAUUCCUGGGACGACAAGGACAUUGUCCAGUUUGUCGAACAGAGUCGAACGCGUACCAUGGUCGAUUCUAUUGCAGACAAGAUACAACACCUGCCCAAUCCGCAAGUCAAACAGGCUGUCAUUCUGGCAUCGUACUUGGGAACCAACUUUGAUGUACCCACGUUGCAUGCUCUGCACGAACAGGUUGCGUCACAAGAACAAUGGGACAACAGCAACAGUCGCUAUCACGAAGACGGCAACAACGACGAGGUAGAAUCAUCGACCACACGACCAACCGUGUCGUUGUCACAAGCCGAUGUGAUCAAGACCCUCGAUGUGGCAGUCUUGGAGGGACUACUGUACAACGCCAUGGGAUCCUCCACCUACACGUUUGUGCACGACGGCGUCCGGGAAGCAGCGUACAACAUGAUACCGGCCGGACCGGAACGAGACCAAUUACUAUAUCGCAUGGGGCAUUUCCUACGCGAGCAGUCCCUGUCGUCAUCAACGACGACAGCAAACAACAACAAUCAGAGCACGCUAUUGUUUGUGGCCGCCAGACAUUGGAGUUGCCUUGGUGCGACGACCAACCUGGUCGAUCCCGUAGAGCUGGCUCAACUCUACCUCGACUGUGGUUCCAGGGCCAAAGCCAUGAGUGCCUUUGAAGACGCCGCGCUGUAUUUUGACCACGGGCUGAAUGCCCUUUUAACGAUUCAGGGCGUGGUGGAUCUUUGGGCAGCUCACUACAACCUCACGUUACAGCUGUACAAAUCGGCGGCGGAAAUGGAAUUGCUGGCGGGGAACGUGGAAAAGGGACUCGCACUGGGACGCGUCGUUCUCAAGAAUGCCAAGACAGUCCUCGAGAAGAUACCGACGUACAGUUCUAUGGAAGCGGCAAUGGGACAAAAAGAUCGUCACGAUGAAGCAUUGGCACUCAACAUGGAUGCUUUGGCAGAGCUGGAUUCUGUACCGUCGACGUUCAUGGGGAUUGGGGACUUUUUCACGGUGAAGAAGCUCAUCAACAAUACAUCCGAUGAGGAAAUCCUGGCACUCCCCAAAAUGGAUGAUCCACGUGAGCUGGCCAUCACGGAGGCUCUCGGCAAUACUUGUAUGCGUAGCUUCUUGGUUGGGAAACCGCUCUUGAUGAUUGCCGUUACGCUCAGACAAGUCAAACGCACUCUAAAGGUUGGAUUGAGUUCGCAAGCUCCCUUGUUGUUUGCAGGUUACGGGUGCGCACUGCUGCAAGGAAUGGGGCACCCCAACACGGGUAGGCGGAUGGGGCGGUUAGCGAAACAGAUUGCAAGGAUUCCUGGCUAUAAUGAACACGAAUGCAAGACUCUCUACCUUCUUGGUUCUUUGAUCGAGCUGUGGACAGAACCAUAUGACAAUGUGAUUGAAACAUAUGAGCGGGGAUACGAACUUGGCAUGACUUCUGGCUGCUAUGAUUAUGGUUUUGCAAGCGAGCUAGAUGCUUUGUUAGCGUCUUUUCUGGCUGGUAGGUCUCUGGACAGGAUAUCAGAGCGAUUCCACAAUCUCAAACAGCAAGUUGACCAAUACAACCUGGAAGCCUUGAAGAAAGUCCUCAAUCCCUUCGGGACAUUACUGUUCUUCAUGACGGGCCGUCGUCCUGGUGACGUUCACAGGCGCGCCAACGUCUUCCUGAAUGGUUGGGGUAAAUUGGAGGCGAUCGAGGAGCUAAAACCGGACAGUUCCAACAAAUUCACCUUGACUUGGGCCUACUUGGAUCGCAUGAUCCUUGCGUUCUACCUGGGUAACUUGGAUCUCGCGGAGAAAUUGUGUAAGGUUUAUCACAACCUUGGUCCCGACCAAACCUUCUUCUUUGGCUCGUUGGGUUCCUUCUUUUCGGCGCUACUCUAUGCGAACUUGGCCCAUAAAUCUCGGGCAUCCAAGCACAAGAAUCUGGCGCACAAGUACACCAAAGAAAUGAAAAAACUAUUGGAGAAGGGAUGCAACAAGCUUGGUACCUGGCACUCCAUACUGAAAGCCGAGUGCAUGAGUAUCAGCAAGCCUCAGAAACAAAGUCUGGUUCAGCAGAUGUAUGAUCAAGCCAUUACGUCUGCCAGGGAAAGCAAAUGUGUGAAUGAUCAAGCGUUGGCCAGCGAACUGGCCGGGGAGUACUUUCUGCGACAGAAGCGGCCUCAUACAGCAAAGGGCUACUUAGUGCAUGCAUGUUCCUUCUACAGAGAAUGGGGAGCUCACGAAAAGGUUAACCAGCUGCUUCAAAAACACCAAUCCACGCUGACGGUCGAUGAUCUUCCUCAGGUCGGAGCUGCGGACGAUGUUCUUCGCUCUGAGUACUAUCCAAUUAUCAGCUGUGUCGGUUCAUCCGCAGGUGAUGGUUCUGUGUGCGAUGAUUUGUCAGCAUUGACUCCCAUCCCUGAAAACAGAACGUUGUCAAACAAUAGCAGAUGGGAGAGCUGCGGCUCCGGCCACCAAAAGGACGCUGUUGCUGCCCCCCCUUUGCCGCCCAGCAGACGUGAUGUUUGUUCGGACAAGGCUCCUUGCAAACCUCCUAGCAGACGUGAGGUACGGCAAGAUGCUGUGAUGGAUACACCACCUUCAAAGCCACCAAGCAGACAUGAAACGCGCCCAGAUGUUGUGAUUGACACUGCCCAACGCAUAGCAGCUGUUGCGGUUGCAUAGUAACGGAUUAGUCUAUUAAUAGUCAAGUUUGCUGUGUA